GCAGCAGAAUAUGUAGAAGUGGUACUUUUAUGCGGUCGUAAUUUUGUCAUGUUUCGAAUAAAGCAGUACAUUACAAAUAGUUCGAUUCAUGGAUUUCGUUACAUAACAGAACCAAAUCGUCAUUGGACAGAAAGAAUAUUUUGGACAGCUGUGUGCUGCUUGUCGGGAUUUUACACUUGGAUGUAUUUGAAUGCAACUUGGUACGCUUUUCGAAAUAAUGCAGUAAGCUUUGUCAUGGAAACGGAUCAUCUAGACUGGAAUACUACUUUUCCAGCGGUAUCUAUUUGCGAACAAGAAUCUCCAGAUAAGCUUUAUGAUGUUGCAAAUGAUCUAUUCGGAAAGAAUCGAGAUAUGAAUUUGGAUUUUUAUCUCAGAGAUAUUGCUUUUUUUGAUGGAUCUUGUUACUCCUGUUCUACUCAUUGUAUAAAUGGUGACAUGAACUGCACUGAGGAUUUCGAUCUACUGAUUGGGAUGAUACGAGAAAAUUGCGAAGAACUCAUUGAGAAGUGUACUUGGAAUGGCGAACCAUUUGAAUGUUGCGAUAAUUUCUUACCUUUACCUACAGAAAAUGGAUUGUGUUAUACUAUAAAUUCUAUACACACGAAAAGGAAAAAAAAUAGCAUGCCAAAACUAGUAUCAAACAGAAAAACUGGUCCUGGUACUUUGCAGUUGGAAGCAUACGAAUCGAUUAAAGUGUUUGUGCACGCCACCGAAGAUGUUCCUUAUGUUAACCAUCCGCAAGACGAAAAAGCACUUUUAAAUUGGGGAUCUACUUACAAUAUGAAAAUUCAAGUGAAGGAAAUUGAAAACGAUCGUAAUUUACCAUUGGUCGGUGUAGAACAGAGAAACUGUCGAUUACCAGAAGAAAAUUACUUAGACACUUACGAAUUUUACAGCUAUUCUACCUGUGUGGUGAAUUGUCGAGCUAAAGCGCAAAUGGCAUUGUGUAAUUGUACCUCACAUUAUAUUCCAUACAAAAAUAAGGCUUCUGAUGGGCUUAAUAUCAUGGCCAUAUCAGUUUUCUUGCUUGAAAUCAAAGAAACAUUAACGACUGAUAAAAUAACUAAAACUAUAUGUUUUUUUUUUUUUUUUUUUUUUUUUGUUACAGAAACACUCAGAGCUUUAAGAUUGCAAGAUUUAAAAAAAUUAGGAGUGGAAUGUCGUUGUAUAUCAAGUUGCAAUGAACCAGAAUACAAUAUAAUAUUAUCAGAUAUUCAAAUGACAAAGCAUGUUACUGGAGCAACAUUUGGUACCAAAAUAAGCAUCGGCUUGGAUAGGUUACCGAAUGAAAGGUAUAAAAGAAACGUGGUUCGAACUCGAUUAGAUUUAGUUGUGUCUGUUGGAGGAACUGUAGGAUUAUUUUUGGGAGCAAGUAUACUGAGCAUUGUAGAAUUAUUGUAUUACAUCUUCAUUAGAAUGCAUUCAUUCAAUAUGGAAGAGCUGAAACAGAUUAGACGUAAUGGGGAAAAAAACUCAGCUGAUAAUAUAUUUGAUAAACCUAAGAGACCUAUCUUUACAACCUCUGGUUUAAUAUUGCCACAACAACUUGGCGGUUAUUAUUUCAGCAGAUGAUGGAAACUGCCAUGUUAUUUAUUAUUAUUUCUAUGUACCCACUUAAUGGUUUUACUCAUAUUAUGUUAAUUUUUACAAUGGUAUCACGAUUGAAAAUAAACUAAGUAUAAAUCAUGGUGGAUAAAUAGGUACCUAGCGUUUUCUUAUCUAAUAUGUACGCAAGCACAAUAGGUACAAAUGAUGUAUACUGUACAGUACAUGUACAUUGUACACACAAUCUUACUCAUCAUCUACUCAAAUUACAUUUUGAUGGUUGAAUCUGUCUUGAUGAUGACUGAAUUGAUAAGUACUUAAUUAUUAUUAUUCGUAUUCAUAACGUUGAGUAUAGGCCCUAAGACUUGAAUUGAAAGUUUCUCACCUCUUCGUAUUAUUAAAUUUCUGCAGUAAAAAAUGUGCUAAAAUUUAUAAAAAAUUAAAAUGAUACAAAAUUUGAUGUUUUGAUACUAUUUCCACCAAUUACAGUUGGUUGGCAUUUUCUGUUAAAAUUGUUUUGAUUUCUUACAACCAAUCAAAGCCAGAAAAAAAUUGCAUAAAUCACAUCGUAACAAAAACAUGUUUAUUUUGAUUUUACGAACCUGAUAAGCAGCGUCGAUUGAUGCUAUUUGCUUCGCAAAUUUAAAAUGUAAGGGUUGUUGGUUUACGAGUAAAUUUUUCAAAAUUCGAAA